AUGCAAUGGUCGUUCGAAGCGCUGAGUAUUGGUAUGUAUCCCGAUGCUGACCCUUGGGGGAGACCAUUCUCCAAGGAUUACUACCCGGAUAGAUUCCGCAUGGCCGGACGCCCGCUGGCGCAAGGCUUCAUCGGCGCUUUCGACGGCAUAAUGUCUGAUUGGGAGUUCGUGAAAAAACUGUUCAAUCUGCAGCGAUUCUUGGAUACAACAUUCAGCAUUAAAUCGAAUCUCUGUUAG